AUGGGAAACAGUCAUUCUCGAGUAUUACACCAUUAUCAACGUGAUAAAUCUAUAAUACAGUUUAAACGAAAAUCAUCUGUUAAAAAAGUGGAUGUAUCUUCGAGAACAACAUCGCCUGGAUUGAGUCGAAGUUCAUCUAUUUCACUUUCUAGACCCACUUCAAUUAUUGGUGAUGUAAAAGACUGUGUACAAAAAUUUUUGAGUAAAUCAUCUACUCUGGAUAUUUCGACACAAACUAUUUCAUCAUUAAGAUCCAUGUCAACAACUCCUGCUGAGAUGUUCUCCGUUAUGGAAUGUGAUGAUGACGUUAAAUCCUGUAGCAAAUAUUGCUUACCUAUUGAUGAAAAAGAACAAGAUCGUUUAACAAAUACUCAUUAUGUAAUUAAACAUUGCUUUGGUGGUAAUUUCUCGGCACCUGUAAAUGAUCUUUUAUUAGGCUUGUCUAGUAUGACAAUAUCUGACAAUUCUAAUUCUGUAUCCUCUUUAUCUUCUUUAUCUAUCAAGAAUUGUUGGACAAAUGCAUCUACUCGUGUACUGGAUGUGGCUUGUGGAUCGGGAGUCUGGGUCUUAGAAAUGGCCACCACAUUCCCUCAUACCCAAUUCUAUGGCAUUGACAUUGCUCCUAUAUACCCAAAUUCAAUUAAACCUCCCAAUACUCAUUUCCAACAAUGUGAUAUUCUUGAUCCUGAAGGCUUACCCUUUCCAGAUGCUUAUUUUGACUAUGUUCAUAUGCGGCUUGUCUAUAACUGUUUUUCUAAAUCUGAUCUUAAAAUCGUUUUAAGUGAAAUUAAUCGAGUCCUUAAGCCAGGUGGUUAUAUUGAAUUAAGAGAUAUUGACCCCAUCAUUAAGAAUCCCGGACCAAUAACAGACGAUAUCUUUUCUCAAUUUUCUGAUCGUAUGAAUCAACUUUAUUCAGUAGACACUACUUGGACACAACAUAUCUCUGAUUUACUUUUAAAUGAAGGUGAAUUUACUGAUGUCUAUCAACAAAUGAUAUCUAUUGGAUUUGGUCUAAAAAGUCCCCUGGCAACAUCUAUUAAUAGCAGUAUUACAGAUGCUAUCAAAUCUUAUAAAUCAUUCUUUAUGGAAGCUUAUAGCUUAUCAUCGACUGAAUGUGAUGAGACCAUUGAUUGUAUAAUCGAAGAAAUUUCUACUUUUCAUUCUUAUCUUAAUUAUUAUUCAGGCUGGGCUAGAAAGCCCCUCGUAUUUGAAAGACUUUUUACAAGUAACAACAAAAUGGAUCUUAUCACACCUGUUACAACUAUAACUGAUAUCGACACAAGUGUACCCAUAACGCCACCUUCCAUUUAUAUCACGUCAAUGAAUAAUUUGGUUAUAUCUGAUUCACCUACUAACAGUUCUCAUACUCUCAAUCCAGACAUGAUAGAAAAUGCAUUUGAUAUUGUUCAUUUAACUCAUGGUUUUGUUGAAUAA